GAAGUUGCUGCAAUAAUAAGAAAUUUACAUCGGUAGUAUUAUUGCAAAAAUUGCAACAAAAAAAAAAAAAACCUUAUUUAAAAUAUUAGCAAGAAAAUAGGUAAACAACGAAGAUGACACAUUUUGCAACAAUGAAUAUUUCAUAUAUUAUUGUAUUAUUUUUUGGAAUAGUUUUUCAUUGGUAUUCCGUUUAUUGUACGGAAUUGAAUUCAACGAAUGAUUGUAUGACACGUGCUGAUGAAUGUUUACGGGACCCAGCAAACAACGCAAGGGGGCCAAUAUGUGGCACAGAUAAUCACACUUAUCGAAGUAUAUGUUCCUUACUAUUAGCACAAUGUCAAAAUCCUGAUAUUAGUAAACAAUAUGACGGACAAUGUAACGACCCACAACCAUGUUUACAAAGUUUACGUUAUGCACAAUCACGACGAAAUGCUGGCAUCACAGGAUUGUACAUACCAAGAUGUCGUCCUGAUGGAAUGUAUGCGGCUGUACAGUGUCGUGAUUCCGGUGGAACAGAUUUAGCUGGUGUGUCUGGUGCAAAUCGAUAUUGUUGGUGUGUAACACCCGAAGGAAAAGCUGUACCAAAUACAACAGCCCGUACAGGACGGCCUCAUUGUGGACAUCACAAGCGAAAUAACAAUAAUAAUAAUAAUAAUAAAAAUACUGGUAAAGCAAAAACAACGAGGCGAUAUUCUAGAGGUGGAAGAAAACAACGACAAGGUUGUAAACUACUCGACAAACGUGCAUUCAAUUCAAACUUAAUAAAAAUUUUCAAAUCAGAAUGGCAACGUGAAUUGACAUCAAAACCAGAACAACGUUCUGAAUUAGAAUUAGAUAGAAUUGUAUUAGAUUGGAAAUUUACCGUACUGGAUCGUAAUUCAAACGAUAAUUUAGAAAUAUCAGAAUAUGUUGAUUUUAAAAGAAUUGUUAAGAAAAAUGUGAAACCGAAACGAUGUGCUAGACAAUUUACACGAACAUGUGAUACCAACAAAGAUCAUAAUAUUACACGGCAAGAAUGGAUUGAAUGUUUGUCCCGAAACGCUAUUGAUGUAUCUUUGCGUGUGUUUUUGUCGCUGAAUGCAGACAGUAAUACUCGAUUAUGGAGUAGUCAAUCUGGUCAAUCAACAAUCGAUGAUUUGGAGGAAGAAGAAGAUAUUGAAGACACAAAACCAAUAGAUGAGUUACGACAUCCAAGAGUGUUUACUGCAGUUUUACAGAGCAUGCCAACAUCUGAAAGUUUACCAGCAUUUAGCGAAGAUUCAGAAGAACCACCAAUGGAAGGUGAUUGCUUGUAUGAACGUAAAUCGAAUGAACAACAAUCAGCGAAUUUAUUUGCACCGGAGUGUACACCAGACGGGCGAUAUAAGACUGUACAAUGUUAUAGUGAUUAUUGUUGGUGUGCAAAUGCCGAUAAUGGUAAAGGUAUUCCUGGUACAAUUGUUAAAGGUUCGCCACCAAAAUGUGACCAUAUUUCGGCGAGUUCAAGGACUAUGAAAGGAUGUCCUGAUAAUCGAAAAAUUCAAUUUUUGAAAGAACUAAUCGAUUUCUUCAUUCAAAAAUUAGGACAAAAUAAAAUGGAUAAUGGGCAAAAACGUGAAGAAAAAGCAGCCGUUUGGAGUUUUAAUUAUUUCGAUAAGAAUGGCAGUCAAUUUUUAGAGAAAAAAGAAUGGAAAAUAUUCCGUUCAAUGGUUGAACAAAAGAAAAAUUUACGUCAUUGUGGUAAAAAAUUACCAAGAUAUUGUGAUAUAAAUGGGGAUAAGAAAAUUACAUUAGAAGAAUGGAAUAAUUGUCUUGGUGUGAAUAAUAACGCAACCAAUUCAAAGCCAACGUUACCUAGAAAAAAAGAGAAUCCGUUAGAAUCAAUUCUAAAAAGUGAUUAGUAGUAUUUUGUGUAAAAUAAUUAUUUUUUAUAUAUGACAAUUCAGUGAUAAAUUAAAAAAAUUAAAAAAAUGCAAUAUAUUUUUUCUAUUGCUUUAUUAAUACGGUCUGCAACUUCGAAAAGAGGAUUGGAUAGCGAUGAAACCCUAUUUUAGAAUUGAGUGUUAGUUCCUUUAAGAAUUAAAAAUCCAAGUCUUCAGCCUCUGAAUAAAUGGUAUUAUUAAUUUUGAUUUAUUUCAAAAUAAUAUACAUUCUA